AUGGACAAAAAAGUUGUCUUGUCCUCAUGGAACAACUUAGUCCCUCUCUGCAACUGGACUGGAGUUACAUGCGGCUGCAAACACAAGAGAGUUACUAAGUUGGGAAGCUUGUUUAGGCCUCAACACCUGUUUAAAUCAUUUAACUUUCUCAAAGAAGGGAUUCCAGCUAGUCUUUUUAACUGCUCUAGAUUGGUGAGACGUAACUUACACUCAAAUUAUCUUGGACAAGGUGUUCCUUCAGAACUAGGAUCAUUGACGAAGCUUGUUUCUUUAGAUCUUGGUCGAAACAACCUGAAAGGAAAGCUUCCUGUAUCUCUAGGAAACUUGACAUUCCUGAAAGAACUUAGCUUUGUAGCAAACAAUUUGGAAGGGAAAAUUCCAAAUGAGAUAGCUAGAUUGACUAAAAUAGUGGAUCUUGAGUUUGCAGCAAACGGUUUCUUUGGUGAUUUUCCUCUCGCAAUUUAUAAUUUGUCAUCGCUUGAGCUAUUAAAAAUCAUUGAUAGUGGCUUCUCUGGGAGCUUAAGGCCUAAUUUUGGUAACUUAUUACCAAACCUUCAAGGGUUAUUUAUCGUAAUUAACUCUUUCACUGUACGAGAUUUGAAAUUCCUAGCACUUCAUACUAAUUCUUUGGGAGGCCACUCUUUUCGAGAUCUUAAGUUUUUUGGUGCUUUAACCAACUGCACCAAACUGAAUGCCUUGCUUGUAGCUUACAAUAGGCUUGGGAGUGACUCACCUACCUCCAUUUCCAAUUUGUCGAUGAAUAUCCAGAUAUUGGAACUUCAAUCAAAUUUCAUCUCUAGAAGCAUUCCUGGUGACAUUGGGAAUCUCAUAGGCCUACAAAUACUUUUGUUGGGAAACAAUUUGUUAAAAGGGCCACUUCCAACCUCACUUGGGAAGCUUUUAGGAUUAAUACAAUAUAGUGCAACAUCACUCGGUUAUAAAGUAUCUAUGUAUCCUACAAUAGCUUUGAAGGAAUUAUUCCUCCUACUAUUGGAUAAUAAGUUGAGAGGGACUAUACCUCGGGAGAUUAUGCAAAUUUUACCUCUUGUUUUACUAAACAUGUCAAAUAAUUAUUUGAGUGGCUCUCUACCAGAAUAUGUUGGAAGACUUGAGAAACUUGGCACAUUCUCUCUUGCAUAUAAUAAGCUAUCAGGGAAACAACCACAUACUUUGGGAAAGUGUCUUUCCUUGGUACAACGUUUUCUUCAAGGCAAUUCUUUUGAUGGAACCAUUCCAGACAUAAGUGGGUUAAUGGGUGUUAAGAGGGUUGAUUUCUCGAACAAUAAACUCUCUGGAAGCAUACUUGGAUACCUCGCAAACUUGAACUUGUUGGAGUAUCUCAAUUUAUCUGUUAACAACUUCGAGGGAAAUGAGCCAACAGAAGGAAAUAGUUGGAAACAAAAACCUAUGUGGAGGCGUCUUGGAAUUGAAACUAGGGCCAUGCUUUUCGAAAGCACCAGGAAAGGGGACAAAGCAUUCCUCACUUUCAGAGAAAGUUGUGACUUGAUUUCUCUCUGUUGGUUCAGAAAUAGAAAGAAGAACAAGAUCAAUGAAGCAACUUUUUCCACAUUGGGGGCUUCCCAUGAAAGGAUAAGUUAUGGAGACCUUCGAAAUGCUACUGAUAGCUUCUCUACAACUUUGGUACCGUGUUUAAAGCAUUACUUCCAGCAAAGAACAGUUGUUGCAGUGAAAGUUCUAAACUUGCAGAUAAGCGGAGCAAUGAAGAGCUUUAUGGCACAAUGUGAAUCGCUGAAGGACAGUCACAUAAGGCAUCGUAAUCUUGUCAAACUGUUGACGACUUGUUCGAGUAUUGACUUCGAAGGAAAUGAAUUCACAGCUCUAAUCUUUGAAUUCAUGCCAAAUAGAACCUUGGAUAUGUGGUUGCACCCAGAGGAAAUAGAAGAGAUUCAUAGGCCCUCAAGAGCCUUGACACUUCUUGAACGGCUUAACAUAGCCAUCGACGUUGCUUAUAUAUAUAUGUGA